ACGCCGGCUGGCCCCGCCCCCUCCCGUCCGCUCCUCUUCCCCACGUCUGCCUUUGGCGCUGUCGCGCCCGUCCGAUCGCUGUCACUCCGCCGCUGUCAGCGUCCGGCCCGCGGGAGGCUCCGCCGUUGAUGAGGAAACUGAGGCCCAGAGAGGGGAAGUGACUUCCACAAGGUCACCCCACUGUCCAGGUGGCAGAGGCAGGAUUCGAACCCGAGGCCGUGCGACACCCCAGCUCAGCAUUCUUCUCUGUCUCGGCGAGUUCUGCGUUCUUCAGAAAGUAGGCAAAAUGCCUAAAAAAAAGACUGGUGCAAGAAAGAAGGCUGAAAGCCGUCGAGAACGCGAAAAACAGCUGAGAGCAGCAAGAGGCAAUAUCGAUUUAGCUAAACAUCCAUGUAACGCUUCAAUGGAAUGUGAUAAAUGUCAAAGACGACAGAAGAAUAGAGCAUUUUGUUACUUUUGUAAUUCUGUGCAGAAGUUACCACUGUGCGCUCAGUGUGGAAAAACAAAAUGUAUGAUGAAGUCUUCAGAUUGUGUCAUAAAGCAUGCUGGGGUGUAUAGUACUGGCCUUGCAAUGGUGGGUGCUAUCUGUGAUUUCUGUGAAGCCUGGGUUUGCCAUGGGAGGAAAUGUCUGAGUACACAUGCUUGUACCUGCCCUCUUACUGAUGCAGAAUGUGUUGAAUGUGAAAGAGGUGUAUGGGACCAUGGAGGCAGAAUAUUCAGCUGCUCGUUUUGCCAUAACUUCUUGUGUGAAGAUGAUCAAUUUGAACAUCAAGCCAGCUGCCAGGUUUUGGAGGCAGAAACGUUUAAAUGUGUUUCCUGUAAUCGGCUGGGACAGCACUCAUGCCUUCGUUGUAAGGCUUGUUUCUGUGAUGAUCAUACAAGGAGCAAAGUGUUUAAGCAAGAAAAAGGAAAAGAACCUCCCUGUCCUAAAUGUGGACAUGAAACUCAAGAGACUAAGGAUCUGAGCAUGUCAACACGCUCCUUGAAGUUUGGCCGGCAAACUGGAGGUGAAGAAGCAGAUGGAGCUUCUGGGUAUGAUGCCUAUUGGAAGAAUCUUGCAUCAGGAAAGUAUGGAGAUACAGGCUACCAGGAAGAAGAAGAUGAUGACUAUGAAGCAGAAGAGGAUGAUGAGGAAGAGGAUGAAGGAGGAAAAGAUUCAGAUACAGAGACCACAGAUCUAUUUACUAAUUUGAAUUUAGGAAGGACCUAUGCCAGUGGCUAUGCUCACUAUGAGGAGCCUGAAGACUAAGAAUUACAUGUCUUGCACAUGGGUGGCAUAGUAUCUGAGUGUGUGUGUGUGUGUGUGUGUGUGUUUUGGUUUGGUGAAUUGUGUACAUGUGGUUUUCAAAAGUAGUAGUUAGACCUUGUGCUAAAGGGUAGCCAUACUUAUUAAGGGAAAAGGGGGCAUAGAUCUUUUAUAGAAAAUGCAAAAUCAGACUUGUAGCACCAAGAAAAUGAAUUGAAAGGAAAAUGAUUAUUCUUAUUCACCCAAGUAUUGAAGUAUCAUGGAUGAGGUUGUUCCUGAUUAUUAUCUUGUGGCCUCACAACAGAACUGGAAAUAUAGGAAUGGUAGCAUAGGAAAAUAAUUGUAUUUGUUGGAAAUUAACUUUUCAUUUUUCUUAACAGUGUCUAAUUCCAUCUUGUCAUUUCACAAGUUGUGUUAUUGCAGAAAUUCAUCAAUGUAUUUUCCUCAUGUUGAUAGAUGCCAGAGUUCUGGCACAUAAUAUAUAUUCUGAAAUAUCAUUAAAUAUUCAUGUUGUCUUAAUUUUUGAA